AUGGGCGUCGACGGGUUCCUGCGGACGCUCUCGGAGGCGGUGGACAACACGCACCUGCGGCACUUCGCGGGCCAGACGCUCGUGGUGGACGCGCUCUCGUGGCUGCACAAGGCCUGCUACGGCUGCGCGUUCGAGCUGUCCACGGGCAGGGAGACGGACAAGUACGUGCAGUACAUGCUGCGCAAGGUGGACAUGAUGAGCGGCUGCGGCGUGGCGAAGGUCGUCCUCGUGUUCGACGGCCAGCGGCUGCCGCUCAAGAAGCGACAGAGCUACAAGGAGGAAAACCGCAAGCGAGCGCUGCAGGCCAUGGCCGCAGCCAAGAGGAUGCAGGGGAACGACCGACAGGACGAAGUCAACAAGGCCUACCAGCUAUUUCAGAGGGUGGGA